CCAUAACGGAGGCGAUAGAUGCAGACCUAUGGCCAACAUUCAAAGGGGGAAGAGCCUGCUAUAAAUCAACCCACAGUGGACAGCCUCACUAACAGAGCUGCUGAUCAGCUGUGGAAGGAAUCUCACUGCCACCAUGAGUUUCUCCGGCAAGUACCAACUGCAGAGACAGGAAAACUUUGAGCCCUUCAUGAAGGCAAUUGGACUGCCUGACGACCUCAUCCAGAAGGGGAAGGACAUCAAGGGAGUGUCGGAAAUCGUGCAGAAUGGGAACCACUUCAAGCUGACCAUCACCACUGGGUCCAAAGUGAUCCAAAAUGAGUUCACCUUGGGGGAGGAAUGUGAGAUGGAGCUCAUGACUGGGGAGAAAGUCAAGGCAGUGGUUCAGAAAGAAGGUGAGAAUAAACUGGUGACAACUUUCAAAGGCAUCAAGUCCGUGACCGAACUCAAUGGAGACACAAUCAUCCAUACCAUGACAUUGGGUGACAUUGUCUUCAAGAGAUUCAGCAAGAGAAUUUAGAAAAGUCUGCAUUUCAUAUUAUUUUACUGUGUAAAAUUAAUGCAAUAAACUUUGUUUUU